AUGCGUCUGCUCAAGCCGAGUCAGAUCUCGGGCAAGGUCUCGACGUUCAACGCUGUUGCAACGGACCACGACGGGUACGACAUCAAAGCUGGGGACGAGAUGAAGGAGGCGACGAACGUGCGUGAUGGGCUCAAGGGUCGGGUCCUGCACGUCUACCGAGGCGUGUUCGCCUUCCUGUACAACCGCGAGUAUGCGGAAAACGGUGGGGUGUUCGUCACCUAUGCUCGGUCCCUGGUCUCGACCGCCCCCAAAGCCAAGACGACCCGACCAGGAAUGGGUCUCAACCCCGAUCUCUUCGCUGUUCCCGUAGCGCCGCAAGCCACGGUCAACUUGUCAAACCGACCGGAUGGCCGUAUCCACCGUCGCGUCGCUAUCGCAAAGGGUGGUCUCAAGGGCAACGUCGGAGUGAUCAAGGACGUUGUCGGGAACCAGGCGCGCGUUGAACUGCACAGUCAGAACAAGGUCGUUACCAUCCCGCUCGACUCGCUGCGCGAACAGUUGCCCGACGGUUCGCUCAAGCCGGGGCCUCUGGAGGAGCGGUCAAGUAACGGUGGAGGUUAUGGUGCGCGGCCUGGUUUCAGCGGAGGUGUCGGUGGCUCACGACACGGCACGGCUACGAAUACCGCUCCUCUCGGUGUACCCGGAGCUAUGGGCGGCCGCACGCCCUUCCCGGCGUUUGGUGGUCGAACACCCGCGGCGCAAUUUGCGGGAGGUCGUACGCCUGCUGUGCAGUUUGCAGGUGGACGCACUCCUGCGGUCGGGUACGGUGGUGCGACCCCCUUCGCAGCGGGUCGGACACCAGCCCACCCUGGGUUCGGCAACGCGACGCCGGCAUACGGCAACGGUAGCGGCAGCAGUGCGUUCAACCCGUCGGCACGGACGCCAUUUCACCCUGGUGCCUCGGUGCGUGUCGGUGGACCUGAUGCCUUCAACGCGAGCUCGCGCACGCCGUACCAUCCUGGAGCACGCGGCGAUGGACCCGGACGGGCUACGGACCCCAGAGGCAACCGAACACCGGCUUACAACGCGGGUGGGAGGACGCCUGCCUACGGCGUCCGGAACAAUGGGCGAGCGGAGGCUGACGAGCCGUAUGCCGGAGCACCGACGCCGGGUGCCUACGCCGGUGCACCGACGCCUGGAGUCUACCACAUCCCUGCGACACCCUAUGGAUCAGCACCGACACCUGCGGCUUACCCAGCUGCACCAACGCCGGCAGCGUACACUGGAGCACCGACGCCGACUCCGAGUGGCAACUACUACGACUCCGAGUCUGCCCAGUCGGCACCGACACCUGCCGCGUCCAAGCCGCACGACUACAGCAGUGGGUACCAAGCCAAGACGCCGUACGACGCGCCGACGCCCUACGCGGGCGUACCGACACCGUAUGCUGGCGCACCCACUCCCGCGGCAGGUGGCUACGGAGGAUACAGUGCCCCGACUCCGGCCGCCUAUGGUGCCGCCCCGACUCCUGCAGCGUACGGCGCUGCUCCGACACCUGGAGGCGCCUACGGAGCUCCCACCCCUGCAGCAGGCUACCAAUCGUACCAGACUCCUGGCGUGUACCCAGGCGCCGCGACGGCGGCUGCCCAGCCUCUCGAGUACCAGCCUCGGCAUGAUUCGAAACAAGGUCUGCCGAGCGAUUGGGUCGUUGAGGGCAUUCGGGUCAUCGUAACAAACUCGACGUUCCAAGAGAACCGACUCGACGGCCAACAUGGUGCGUUGUUCUUCCCAUCAUGUGGCCACGGAAGAGGUGCUGAUCAUCUCCCGAUCUCUUUCUACAGCCAUCAUCAAGCAGACUGUCAACGGCCUGGCGAGCGUUGAGAUCGUGUCGAACGGCGAGACGGUGCACCGCGUCCCAAACUCUGCCUUCACGCCGAUGGAACCCGAUCGUCCCGGCGAAACAUGUCUUGGUGAGUGAUGGAGCGGACAGUCAAGUGAUAAAGCUACCUCGCAUAGCCGCUGCUUAUCACCUUUUGAUUGUGCGCAUAGUGCUCGCUGGACCGCAUCGUGGCAAGAAGGCAGUAACGCAGUCGCGCGAUGGAUCGGAAUGGAUGGUCGCCAUCGCAGGAGGUGAGUGCACAUAGCGACGCGGUGAUCCGUCACAUCGAGGCUGAUCACCAUCGUCUGGGACUUACAGCUGCGUCUACGGUCAUCGAUUCGAGCAUCCUGACCAUUGUCGAGUGA